AUGUGGAACUAUGUGGGACUUGCCAAACUAAGGACGUGGCCCUCUUGCAAGCGUCCGAGGACCAAGUCCUUCAAGAAGGAAGGCUGCAAAGGUGAUGGCAGUGAAGUCCACAAGGUCACGACCUUGUCCUACUUCGACUUCAGCGAAUCGAUAUGCUUUACGAGCUCGCCGGUUGCAGCGUCCGACAGCUUGGAUGCUCCGGAGGCAGUGAUUCACGGACUGAGUUCCGAUCGGUUGUUCUUCGAGCCUGCGGGUAGCACAAGCUCGAUAGUGGAGGAGACCGACGAGGUUGGGAGUGCUUCGUUCCAGGGCAGUACUGCCAUGGUGGUAGAUUCUGUGGACCCUUUUAUGGACUUCGGGGAAUCGAUGGAGAAGAUGAUAAGGGCGCACGGGGUGGAGGACUGGGAAUGGCUAGAGGAGAUGUUGGUUUGGUACUUAGGAUGA